GCUGCUGCCGGCUAGUUUUGAAAAAGUCCUCUGGUUACAGCAGGCGGAGGGAAAGUUCAAAAUUGCAGUAACAGGGACGGUAAGGAAAAAACCCAGGUACAACCACAAGCAGCAGCGAGUUACAAUGAACAGACAACCGAAGGGUAAAACCCCCCGCAGACCCCCUAAAAAGCCCUCCAGCAACCAGAAAGACCCGGUCGGGGUGUACUGCCGUGUACGACCUCUGGGUACGGAGGACGAGGAGUGCUGCAUCGAGGUGAUCAGCAGCACCACCAUCCAGCUGCACGCCCCUGAAGGCUUCAAAACAAACCGUAAUGGAGAGUACAAAGAGACACAGUAUUCCUUCAAAAAAGUCUUUGGAGUGUCAGUAUCUCAGAUCGAGCUGUUUGAACAUGUGGCCAAGCCUCUUGUCGAUGACCUCAUUCACGGCAAAAACGGUCUGCUCUUUACGUAUGGGGUCACAGGAAGUGGAAAGACGUUCACCAUGACCGGCUCUCCGGGCCAGGGUGGACUUCUGCCCCGCUCACUUGACAUGAUCUUCAACAGUAUCGGACCCUACCAAGCUAAACGAUACGUUUUCAAGACUGAUGAUAAAAAUGGCUUGGAGGUCCAGAAUGAAGUCGAUGCUUUGUUGGAGCGCCAAAGGCGGGAAAACAACUUGUCUGUUCCUAAAACACCAGCAUCCAGACAAAAGCUUGAUCCUGAAAUUGCUGACAUGAUUAAGUCAGAAGAGGCUUACAAAGCUGACGGUGUGGAUGAGGACAGCUGCUACAGCGUCUUCGUCUCCUACAUAGAAAUCUACAACAACUACAUCUAUGACCUCCUGGAGGAAAAUCAGGAAGAUGCAAUCAAACCAAAGUGGAAUGGUGGAGGCACACCUGUGCGCCAGAACACUGAGUUCAUACCACCUCAGUCUAAAAUCCUCAGAGAGGAUCAGAAUCACAACAUGUAUGUGGCUGGCUGCAUGGAGGUCGAAGUCAAGUCAGCUGAGGAGGCAUUUCAAGUAUUCUGGAAAGGUCAGAAGAAGAGGAAGGUUGCAAACACCCGUCUGAACAGAGAGUCCAGUCGCUCCCACAGCGUGCUCAUUGUUAAACUGGCUCAAGCUCCUCUUGACGCAGAUGGAGACAACAUUCUCCAGGAUAAAAACCAGGUGACUGUUAGUCAGCUGUGCCUGGUGGACUUGGCAGGAAGCGAGCGCACCGGUAGGACCGGGGCAGAAGGCACCCGAAUACGCGAAGCAGGUAACAUUAACCAGUCUCUACUGAAUCUGCGGACGUGCAUUGAGAUACUGCGAGAAAACCAGAUGUGUGGCACAAAUAGGAUGGUCCCCUACAGAGACUCUAAAGUAACCCAUCUGUUCAAGAACUACUUUGACGGAGAGGGAAAAGUCCGAAUGGUUGUCUGUGUCAAUCCCAAAGCUGAUGACUAUGAGGAAACCUUGCUGGUGAUGCGGUUUGCAGAGAUGACCCAGGAGGUGGAAGUGGCUCGCCCAGUGGACAGGCCCAUCUGUGGCUUCACCCCGGGCCGUCGCCAUAGGAACCAAGCUUUUAAAGACGAACUCACUCGCAAGCUGGAGGAGCGCGGUGGUCCGACAGAAAGAGACCUGCCCUCUGUUAUAAACCACCUGGUGCACAGCCUCCCACCUUUACCCUCCUCUGAGCUGACCGACCCCCACGAUGACAUCACCCUGCCCAGGCUGAUUGAAGCUCUGCAGAACAGGCACAGGAUCAGGCAGAUGAUGAUCGAUGAAUACAACAAAGCAGCUAACAUGAUGAAGUCCAUGCUUCAGGAACUGGACAACAACUUCCUUUCCAAAGACAAUUUUAUUCAUGAACAAAAUGGCAAAAUGUUGGAGAUGGACAAAGUCAUCCAGAACAACAAGGCAGAGCUUGAACGCUUGGAGAAGAAAACCAAAAUGCAAGAACACAAGAUUGACAUCCUACAGAAAACUACUAAAAUCUAUGAGGACGAUAAGCGUUCUCUGAUGCAAGAACUGGAAACCAGAGAGCAGAGACUGCAGCGGGAGCUGUCUGACAAGAGACGCAUGGAGCAGCGCAUGCACGGCGUGGUCACAGACACGCAGCACAAGUGGGAGAAAGAAUGUGACCGUCGCGUCAACGCAAUGCAGCUGGAGAUGCAAAACAAGCUCUGGGUAAAAGACGAGAAGCUGAAGCAGCUUAAAGCCAUCGUGACAGAGAGCAAGACCACAGGUCGUCCAGAUCCCCCACCGCGUCAGACGCAGCCUCAGAGGCCUUCCAGAGAGGAACGCCCCCCUGCAAAGAGAUCGGCCUCGCCCUCACCUGUCCCUACAACGACACCGGUGCGGCCACUGCACCGGCGUUCCCGCUCUGCUGGUGGAGAGAAGUGGGUGGACCACAAACCCUCCUCCAGCAUGGACCUGGGGACAGUUCUGCAACCUGUCAUCCCCAAUGCCAUCCAGGUGUCUGCACCCAAUGAGAAGGCCCUGUCCAAGUGUGACAGAUAUGUGUUAACACACCAGGAGGUCGCCUCUGAUGGAGAGAUACAGACCAAACUCAUUAAGGGUGAGGUGAUAAAGACCAGAGGAGGAGGACAGGCUGUCCAGUUCACUGACAUUGAGACUCUGAAACAGGAGCUCGCCACAGUCCCCAGGCGCAAAAGAAAAUCUUCAGAGGGUGCACCUGCCAGUGGAGAUCAUACAGAUGGAGCUUGGACUGAUGUGGAGACGAGGUGUUCUGUGGCUAUGGAGAUGAGGGCCGGAUCAAACAUGGGUCCUGGCUACGAGCAUCAUGGGAUCACCAAGCGCAGAAAACCAUAACUGCAGCCGACAGCUACUACAGUCAUCACUCCCCACUGCCCUCACCUGGCUCUUGUGCAAUAGACUAAACUUUUUAAUAUUUAGCUCUAG